AUGGCUUGGUUCACGACUUUGCCUCACGAAUCUAUCACGAACUUCCACGAUUUCUCGUCGAAAUUCCUUGUCCAGUUCUCCGCAAGCAAGAUCAAGCAAGUUACGAUUGAUGAUUUGUAUAAUGUUCGCCAGUUAGAAGGAGAAACUUUGAAGCAGUAUGUGAGGCGGUACAAUGCAGCAUCUGUCAAGAUCGAGGAUUCGGAGCCGCAGGCCUGUGCGCGCGCAUUUAAGAAUGGACUGCAGUCGGGAAAACUGAAUAGCAAGCUAAGUCGGAAGCGAUCUCGUUCGAUGACGGAAGUCCGCGCUCGGGCGAACACUUACAUCCUGGAUGAGGAAGACGACACGUUCAAAAGAAGGCGUGCAAAAGCGGAGAAAGAUGGCGGUCAGAAUGACAUAUCGCCGACAGGCAGGCAAAGUCAGGAGAAGGGUGAAAGUAGCAAGCGAAGGGAUAAGAAAAUCAAGCCAUCAGAGAAGCUUGUGAAGGAACAACUCUAUCCGAAGAAGGAAAACUUGAGCGCCGGCGCCCGUGGCAACAAACUGACUCUCGCCGACGAGAGGGAUCAGGGGAAUCGCUACAAGGGAAACCGCCAGCAGGAUGAUCGCAGAAGGGAUGACCGCCGUUGGACACGACCAGCGGACAAGGAGGAGACAUGGGCGACAAGGAAGAAAAGAGCCGAAGAAAUCUUCAACAAGGAUCUCGAACCGCCAGUUGGGACGAUCAAUACAAUUGCAGGGGGCUUCAGCGGUGGCGGCGACACGCAAGCGGCGAGACGCGGGCAUGUUAAGGCGGUGAGUUCAGUACAAGAUUUUUCAAUUCCAUUUGGUUUCCAACAUCCGAACAUAGUGAUAUCGUCGGCAGACUUUGAAGGGUUUAAGACACAUAAGGACGAUCCCGUGGUGGUAAUGGUGAGAAUCAACAAUUUCAAUAUGCGAAGGGUGCUUUUAGAUCAGGGUAGUUCUGCAGAUAUCAUCUAUGGCGACACAUUUGAUCAAUUGGGGUUGACAGACCAAGACCUGAUGCCAUACUCCGAGACUUUGGUAGGCUUUUCGAGGGAACAAGUUUGGGUGCGCGGCCACUUAGAUUUGGACACAGUUUUUGGCGUUAAUGAGAACGCAAAGCUCUUGCGCGUAAGGUAUUUGGUUUUGCAGGUAUUGGCGUCGUACAAUGUCAUCAUUGGUCGGAACACGCGGAAUCGCUUCUGCGCAGUGAUAUCAACAGCUCACCUAGCGGUGAAGUACCCGCUGACCUGCGGGAAGGUAGGAAAGAUCGAGGUGGAUCAACGGAGGGCGAGGGAAUGCUACAACAACUGCCUGAGCUUGUAUGGGAAGAAGGGAGCUGGCGCUGGGCAUAGAUGUCAUGAGAUUGAGAUUUUGGAAGGCAAUCAAGGUCAGCAGAGCAUCCAGGGCCAAGGUCAGGGCGGCGCAAUAAGACAGGGACGGUGGAUCAGUGAAAGGUAUGGGGGACCAAGAAGAAACCCGAAUCAGAAGAGGCCGGAUGGCAGGACAGGGAAAGAUGUACAAUUUACUGACGCUCAUUCUGAGGAGCGUUGGGAAAACGUGAUUGUGAACCUGAAGAUGUAUAAAGUCAGUAGAGGAGUACUGGUGAUUGAGCCCAGGCUCACAGUUGAUCAGGAAAGACGCUUGGAGAAGUUGGUGGGAGACAAUUUUGACCUCUUCAAUUGGAGUCAAAAGGACGCAGCACUCUGGAGGUAG